AUGGCCUCUAGACCUGGAUUCGUUUCUGAGUUGGGAUCAUUGCGUUUGGCUGAAAUAGAAGAUGGUAUAAAAAUAUAUGACCUAGUUAAUAAAACUAUGGCUGAGAACUUUCGAAUCAAUACGGCUAAUGAUAUUCUUCACUUGAUAAAGACCUGCGUGUUAUCCAUAUGCCAAUUGAAUGAAGGGGAACACGUGGUUGGGUUUUUAGCGCUACAAGAUUUUCCCCUAAUACCCUCAAUUUGUGCAACAUCAUGGGAGGAUUAUGUCUGGACGAAAUAUAAAGCCGUGGAACUAACAGCCAGGAAUACGUUAUUCGUACAUUUAAUAUGCUGGAGUACAACUUAUGGACGAGAGAUUGUUGAUAAUAUGCUGAGAUCUGUGUUCAUGCAUGACCCAUAUCUUCAAUACAUCGCUAUGGUUAAAAGCAUUCCAAGCAAUACUGUUCUAGUGCCUGGUCAGCCACGAUACGAAAUGUCGUUUAGGCGCGUACAGGUGAUAGAACGAGGUGUACCCGGGGACAAAUUGCCAACUCUACAGAUCGCGGAGAGAAAUGAUGUAUGCUUAAAACUGCGUAUAAGAAGAGCUGUGGAAGAAGACAACGACGACUUGCUCCCAAUAAUUGAGAGACGUUCGCGACGCAUGCGUGACCUCUACGGAGAUUAUUACAUUAGCGAACUCAUAUCGCGCCACCCCGAAUCUGAGCGGGUCAUACUUGUCUGCGAGCAUAAGGAAGUGGCCGUUGGGGUGAUGUGUCUUAACACCCAAAUCAACUUCGAGGCUCUAGAGGAGAGCUUUGAACUUUCCCCGUUCGCAGGUCUCAGGCAUCUUGAAGAUAAAACCAAUAUUAAACAAAGCAAAGACGGCGAGUCGACACUCAGUCUUCUAGGUAUACAAAACAACGUUAAUCAAGUUGGUGAACUUUCCGAAGGCUUUAGCCUUCCCAUUGACGGGGUUUCAGAGGUUAAAUCUGGUAUGAUACAAGAAGAACUUGAAAGGGUGGACAGUUUCACUCAAAGGAUAAAAGAAAAAGAUUUGUCUUCGCAAGUGUCGCAUCUCAGUACUAAAGCUCAGUUGGACAUCAUGAACCUUUUGGAUGACGACGAAGAGGAAUUAGAAUUCGAUAUUGUUAACAUUGAUACACAUUUGUUAAGAAUACCUCGCUUGCUCUCUUAUGAAGAACUAUCGAAAGCGGCGAUGGGCGGAGUUGCUAAUUUGUCUAAAAUAUUAGACGAUAGACGACGAGAUUCUUUGUCUUUUACCGAUGACAAGUGUGUAAAGAAAGAUAAAAUGAAAAAAUCUUUGUCGAAUGCGCCACCGGGCAAGAUGCCGGAGCCGCCGAGGUAUUCCGGCCCGCCCAAUGCUUUUAUAAUCGAACUGUUCGCAAUGCAUCCAGAUUACGACGAAAGAUUCGGUUUUCAAUUGUUAGAAGCGGCAUUCGAAACGUUCCCAGGCAGAGACUAUUGCGUUAUGUGCUUGCCUUCAAGCGAACCAUCUUUUCCUUUGCUUGAACAUUUCACGCUAGUUACGCCUUACAACACUAGCGGGCGUUUCGUGAAUGAAUCUCUAUUUGUUGCGCAUAUAAAUUCUGUUAAGGGUGAGGUAAGCGUGCGAUUCGCGGAGGAGUACGACAUGCAAUUCCUGAGCGACAUCCUGGAGCACGCGCCGCGCAAGAACGAGUUACUCGAGCUGAUCGAGUCCAGCUUCUCUAGCGACGUGCUCGAAACCUACGUGCUGGCCAGCAGAAACCAGCCCGUCGGGGUCGUCGUGCUCUCGCCUGUAGAAGAUCCUAUAUCCUUGCGAGUUCAAUACGCCUUAGAACCCGAACCAUACCGUGCAGGAAGUGAUGGUAACAUUUUGGCGGGCGUUUUGUCGCCUGCAAUAGAACCACACAGUCGUUGGUACAUGCGUGAUGUCCUGCGCCAAAGUCCUUACACACAAUUAUUUUGGACCUGUCGCCUCUUGGCCAAAGGAGAUUCGAGUCCUGUUCGCAACUUAAUGUCAAUGGCAAGUCACAUGACUCCUGUACCUCCAUACCGUCAUGCUGGCAAAAAUGAUAAGGACAAGAAUUACAAGGAAAGCUCGGCACCUUUCGCACUUUGGACGGUAGACCGGCCGAUGACCAGUCUGCCAAAGAUCUACAUAAACCGGAACAUAGUUGUCGUUGGGGCCAGCCGCACUGGUCUUUCAUUUUUAGAGACAUUAAUAAUGGGGCCAACAUCCCCGUACUUGACAUUCACAAACAUAACCCUGGUGUCGCAACACGGACUGCCGACUGUGGGCGAGUGCCUCCGCGCUGCGGACCUCUGUGUGCCACGUGAUGGUCGCUACACUGACAGAUACCUGAAGAGUGUGCCUUACUACUUCUACAUGGAUGUUGUGCCUGGGAUCAUGGUAAAAAUCGACAGGCAAAAGAAAUGCAUAUAUUUGAAAGGUGGGCUUGUGAAACAUUACGAUGAUCUGGUGUUGACGUGUGGUCAGCAGUUCCAACAUCCUGAUUACUUGAAGGAACAUUUGUUUCUUAAAUCAAAAAAGGAAAAAACAAUUAACUGCGACAAAUUACCUAUGGACAACCCAUUGUAUCGACCUGACAGAGUAUCAGCGUUUACGGAGAUGCCCGAGAACUUGAUGCUCAUUAACUCACUGUUCGACGCAAACACGGGCCUCAGAAAAUUGCUGAGGAUGAUAACUGAUUUAAAGGAAUCGUUCAACGGUUUGAAUGAAGACAAUAAAAUCAUAGUUUACGGUGACUGUAUAGAUGCUUAUUCUUGUAUCGCUGCAUUACUUGAAUUAGGGAUUGCAGCUGAUAUGAUAACGUUUGUCGAACCGUUCCCGCCUGAAGACACUAAUGCUUUGAGAGUAAACUGCUUCAAUAACGAAACAGUUGACGAGCGAGUACAAUCAAGUAUAUCAGAGUUAGGCAUCCAAGUGUACAGGCGCUGCUAUUACACGGGUUGGAGAUUAUCAGGCAAUCGUAUAGAGCUGCUGCAUUUUAUGACGCACACGCAGGCAAUCACCCUCUCUUGCUUUGCAUUCUUCUACUACGGCAUUAAGGCAAUUGACGUCAACUCCUUUAAAGCAAUAACAGAGAGCGGUUUGGUAUACGACGGGGGCUUGGUGGUGGGCACUGGAUUCGAGACGAACGAUCCUAGCGUGCACGGCGCAGGCACGUGCACCAAGUACUCCCGUCGCUUGUACGCCCAAGCGCACGCGCAGAAGUAUUUCUGCUCGGAGGACGUUGGUGAAGCGUUGGCGGCCCUCUUCCUACAAAAGUUAGAUCCGUUUAUGAAUUCGAUUGCAGAUCUUGAUCUAUGCCCAUCGGAAAUAAUCUCACGAUAUAGCUCAUCUGUUCUAGGAUGUAAAAGUUCUGUUUAUGGCAGCACCUACAGUAAUGAAUCGCGAUUCCAACUGCCUACAUGUAGACGUUGGCAGCCGGUGAUGAAGUUCUAUUCGCCGAUCACACAUUCUGCCACAUUGCCGGGUCCUCUCUACUAUCUGAAAAUUAGAAGACCUGGGAUUGAGAUACCAAUGGCUGUGCAAAUGGCAUUACCACUACAGGGUCAUACUUUGCAAACAGACAAGAACGGCAACUAUUUCCGUUUGCAAUUGAACGCACUGCACUGCGUUGUGUUGGUCACGUGCUUGUCUAAGAAGCCGUUCCCGUCAGAGAACCUCGCUCAGUUGUUUGGCAAACAUGAGGCGUUCUUUAAUAAGCUACUUGUUAGAUAUCAGAUGAAACAGAUAGAUGAUUUGUACGAAUUCUUCUCGCAACCUUGGAUGUCAGCGAUGUAUCAAAUGACGUUUAAGAACUUAAUGAAUGAUAUAAAUGAACAAGAUGUGGGUACUGUUUACGAUUUGUUGAAAUCAACAUUUUAUCUAUUCGGAGAUAACCGACCACCCGCAGACUCUGAGUAUGGCAUAGAUGCUGUCUAUUCUGGAUAUGGACCCGCUGCUAAUGUACCCGAGGAUAUACCUUCGGAAUGUGGGCAAAGCGCCGCUAUACGAGAUGAGGCACUGGGAUUCUGGAAGGCAGUGUGUGGAGAGCGUAUCGUAGUAGCGCAUCUCUCCCGCUAUCUAAAGCAGAACUACGCCACCAACCCUCAGUAUGCUCUGCCUAAACCUGAAUGA